AAAUAACCACGUCAGGUGCAAAGAGCCUUUUAUACAAGUGCCACUGGUGGAGUUUGUGUGUGUGUGUGGGAACUAAAAGAUGAAGAUCUUACUGUACGUGUGUUUCAUCUUGUUUGUUACUACUGAGGCAACUGGACAGACACCAGACCCCUGUAAUAAUGUUAUUAACUUUAACCAAUGUCUGAAUGGUGGAGCGAUCUGUGAUGAGAAAAUUAGCAGAUGUAUCUGUUUUGAGGGACAACCAUUCUGUCGGUGCAACAGUCAAAAAGUUGUUUAUGUGUUGAUGUUGCCAUCAAACAAGAGCCACGCACGUGAAGGAAUGACAACAUCCAAGACAGCCUCUAAAGAGCAGGACUUGUUCCCUGGUGUUGCUUUUGCUUCUGAUAUGAAUGGUCAGCCUCCCCUUAACAUGAGACCUGUACAACAAGGUCAUAUUCCCAUGACAGCCAUGCCCAUAUCAAGUGGGAUGCGUGAUCCUCAAAUGGGAGGUCCUGGUCGGCCCUAUAGCAUGUACACCGGGAUGCGUGACCCUCCCAUGGGAGGUCCUGUGCAGCCCUACAGCAAUGGUGCAGUUCGGGGUCAGAUUGUUAGCAACCCUUACGCUAGAGAUUCAUCCAGCCGAAACCCCUAUGAAGAGCACAGUCCUUCAGCAGACCACCACAGUGAUUACAGACCACAUGUCCCUUCACACACAUAUGAUGACCUGAAACACAACCAGCCCUAUUCUCCUGCACUACUCUACGGUUCCUCUGAGCAUGGAAACCUCCGCAAUGGAUUUCCACGACCCCAAUUAAGUCUACGAUACUAGAUUUAAAAAAAAAAUGGUUUCUGUUAAAACAGAAAAUAUAUUUUUAGAAUUUUGAACAAUGGAAGAAACAAAAGUUAUACAAUAAAGACUUGGCCAGGAUGUUGAAUGGGAAUUACACAAGGAAUUUAUGGAAAACAACUUUAUUAUUUCCUGCUUUAAAUCUGAUCUCUAUUAUCAGCUGUAAAUAUGUUUAUACUGGGUGAUUUAUACUGAAAAAUUUAAAUAGUAAAUUUAAUUAUUGCCUACAUUAAAUACAAAUGCAAUUCUGCAACCUGUUUGCUUCCUCGCUUGAAAUUCCAAAAUUUAUUUGGAGUUUAAAAAGGCAUUCUCAACUCAAUUAUGAAUGGCAUAUAAAAAAUAUCAGAUUUUUGGUUGUCAUUUUGGAUCAUCAGCUUUUGCACUUGUAAAGUCGAUUGCUGUCAUUAAAACAAGGACAUAUCGAAUAAUCCUAAAUUCAUGUUCCUUUUUUCAAUUUAAU